CAGUUCUCAUGGAAGAACAAAACCUUUCCUCCUUACAGCAACACCCGAAUUCUUCUUCUUCCAUAAAAAAAAAAAAAAAAAAAAAGGGCAAGAGACAAAAAAGGCCACGUUCCACAAGAAACCUUUCUUCUCAAAAUGAUGGAAGAAGGAACAACAAAAGAAGUGGUGAUCGCGAAGCUUUACUCGUUGGAAGAUGAGGAAGACAGUAAUUACACAGCUUCUAAUCUCAUCCGUCGGAUCCUGAGCCUCUUCAAGAACGUACGCCCUGGAUCCGACCUCACUCACUUUCAGUUGCCACCUCACUUCAACAUACCGAGGUCGCAGCUCCAGUGUUACGGGGAGAUGGUCUACAGCUUCGGCGGCCAGGAUUUGCUGGGUCAGUGUAACGGUGGAGACAGACAGAUCGAACGGCUGAAAAGCGUGGUGACGUGGAACAUCUCCACUCUCCGACCGUUGAUCUUCGGCAUGGCUCCUUACAACCCCGUCCUCGGCGAAACUCACCACGUCUCCCACGGAAAUAUCCAUGUCCUCGUUGAGCAAGUUUCGCAUCAUCCUCCCGUGACCGCGUCGACAGUUGUUCCCAGGUUUCGUGGUGCCUACAUGGAGGCGGAAGUGAAGGGGAAAAGGACAUUAAAGCUUCUGAAUAGGGGAGAGACUUACGAGAUGAAUUCUCCGAACCUCGUGAUGAGAUUUCUACCGGUGACGAGAGCUUAUUGGGCCGGAAAAGUUCGAAUCAAGUGUUUGGAGAACGAUCUCGAGGCCGAGUUACAUUUGGCUACCGACUCGUUGAUGGGAAUCAGAGGAAACGAUAGAUCCAUCAAGGGCAAAAUCUACGAUUCAUCUUCAGGGAAAAAGCUUUACGAGAUAUACGGUCAUUGGGAUACCACUGUUAUGGCGAAGGAUUUGAAGAACGGAAAGCUCGAGGUUAUGUACAACGCGACAGAAAAUCUUACAGGACUCAAAACUCCCAUUGUCAAGGAUCUAAAGGAGGUGGGAGAGAGAGAGUCGACGGCGGUGUGGAGUCAAGUGAGCAAAGCCAUAAUGGAACAAGACUGGGAGAAAGCAAGAGCGGCGAAAACGGCAUUGGAGGAGAUAGAGAGAGAGUCUCGGAGGGAAAAAGAGGCUUCGGGCAAAACUUGGGUUCCGCGUCACUUCUCGGUGGUUCGACACGGCAAGGACUGGAGCUGCUCCCCUCUCCACCCCACCAUUUCUCAUGCUCCCAUCACUGUGCCUCAUCUCUGACUGUAUUCCACCUUCAUUCUCACUGUGCUUUCGUCAAUGCAAUGCCCGAAUCAUCCGAUUUCUUCAAUUAAAUUUACAUUUACCCAACUGUGUUCCAAAUCGGAACCUUGAUUUUACGGUCCAAGAAUUUCAUCA